GCCGCCAGUGGUCGCCGUUGGUCGUGUUUAUGAAGCAGAUCGCGGUCAAAGUACACAUGGGCUGCACAUGUUUCAAAUAAACGUAUUGAAUACUUUCGGCGAAUAUUUUCUGCGAGAAUUCACCUACCAACUGCGCUGACAAGUCAUGUUGGAUGUUGGACUGGGAAAAAAAAUCGCGAAAAUUAACUCUUGUUUGUUUUGGAGGAGAAAACUCCGACUGUCAAUUUUCCAGUGAUGUGUUUAUAAUGUGAAGGAUUUAUGAUCUGUGAAUGACAUGUGAAGGCGGGAGAUUCGAUUAGUUUGUGCGAAGUUCCAGCUGAUCGCGGGGUUUCUGAAAUGUUAAUAGUUGAGUGAAAGUGUGUUGUGAGUGCGAUGCGGCCGGGUCACAGUCGCCUAGCCAACAUUCUGGCUUGCCCUUGUAAACCACAUAACUUUUAUGCAACUCGUAUGCCAGUGUAGUUUUGAGUGUAGUAAAAUAACUGUACCUAUCUAUACAGAAUGCCGUUCACAAUGCGCGAGGGGGGCUUCGCGGUGGGGGACUACGUGUCGUUCGGCGUGCUGUGCGCGGCGUCGUGCGCCGGCGGGCUGUGGUACAGCGCCGUGGGGUCGCGCGCCAAGAACGUGCUGGACGUGAGGGACUACCUGCUCGGGGGGAAGACUAUGAGCACUUUCCCUGUCGCCAUGUCCUUGAUUGCCAGCUACGUGUCCGGGGUGACGAUCCUGGGCACGCCGGCGGAGAUCUACAACUACGGCGCGCAGUACUGGCUGGUGGUGGCGGGCGUGGCGCUCAGCUGCGCGGUCGUCGCCGCCGUCUACCUGCCCGUGUUCUGCACGCUACGGCUGUCUUCGUCUUAUGAGUACUUAGAGUUGCGGUUCAACCGACACGUGCGAGCCGUGGCGUCGGUGCUAUUCCUAUUAGAUGAGGUGCUGUUUUUACCAAUGGUAGUUUAUGUUCCUGCAUUAGCAUUUAAUCAAUUAACGGGUUUGAAUGUGUUCGCCGUUGGAGGAAUUAUGGUCAUAAUUUGUGGCCUUUAUACAGUAUUAGGUGGUCUCCGCGCGGUGGUGUGGACGGACUCGGUGCAGACGGGCGUGAUGUUCGUGGGCGUGGUGCUGGUGGCGGCGGCGGGCACGCUGGCCGCGGGCGGCGCGCGGGCCGUGCUGGCCGUGGCUGCGGAGACCCACCGCGCCGACUUGAACAAUUGGAGUUUCUCCAUGUACGAGCGGCAGACGGGCUGGGGCUCGGUGGUGGGCGGCAUGCUGUACUGGACCUGCUUCAACUCCGUCAACCAGACCAUGGUGCAGCGCUACAUCUCGCUGCCCUCCAAGAGACAGGUCUUGUACGCACUAGCAAUCUUCUGCUGCGGCGCCAUAUUAGCCAUAUCUCUCUGCGUGUGGUGCGGUCUGGCGGCGUGGGCGGCGUGGGUGCAGGGCGGCUGCCACCCGGCCGGGAAGCCGCUGGUGGACGACCGCCUGCUGCCCGCCUUCGUCACCUGGGUGGCUGACACCCAGCACCUACCGGGGUUGGCUGGCGUGUUCUUGGCCGGGGUCUUUGGAGCUGGAUUGAGCUCCCUGUCAGCAGUCCUCAACGCGUGUGCCCUCGUGGUGAUCGAGGACAUCCUGCACGGCUGGCUCAAGCUGCAACUGCGUCCGUUCACUGAAGGCAUGCUGGCUAGGGGCUGCACCGCGCUGCUGGCUGUGGUCUCUGUUGUUAUGCUGGUGGUUAUUGCGAAGCUGGGGGGAGUGCUUGGAGUAGCAACAGCCCUAUCCGCCAUCGCUGCCAGCACAACAUGCGGCAUCUUCACACUGGGCAUGGUGUGCUGGUGGGUGGGCCCGCGCGGCGCGCUCGCCGGCGGCGUCGCCGGGGCGCUCAUGGCCGGCACCGUGUCGCUGGGCACCCAGGCUGCGGCCGCAAGUGGACUGCGGGCGCCGCCCAUCCCGCUCACAGAACAGUGCAUGAGGAAUUCUUCAUACGUUUUCUUGGGAACUCUGGACCCGGAAACAGUAUUCCCUCUAUUCCGACUAUCCUACCAUUGGAUCGCGCCACUGGGCUUGUUCACAACUCUCCUAGUGGGUUCCAUCGUGGGCUACUGCUUCGACAACAAGAAGCAGAUCAAGCUGGACGCGGAGUUGUUCACCCCGGUGGUAUGGCGGUUUCUGCCGACAGAGGCGCUGGUGAAUGCGGGGGACACUCGGCGAGCCCUCAGCCGCGGCGCGGGGUCGCCGCCGCCCUCCGCGCCGCUCAUCAUGGGCAGCGUCAGCGCGGAAAUCAAAGUAAACACUGACGAUCCCAGCUGAUUUUAAUCCUGGAAAAAUUAAAGAAUCAAUUUCGACCUACUUAUACUUUUAAGGAUUAUUAAUUCACAAAAUAACUUUACAAUGUGUGUGCGUACAGUGCGUAGUGAUGUACCUACUGCCUUAGAUUAGAAGUAAAUUGAAAUAUACACUCACAAGCAAUUAAAAUUUCCGGUGACAGGUGAAAAAAAAACUGAAAUAAAAUCGUGGAAGAAACAUUUAAACAAGCCAAGAAUAGAGAGUGCUGCAAAGAGCUGACUGCCAACCUCCAAUUAUGGAGAGGCACUAUAAGAAGAAGACAGGUGAAA